UCCUGAUUCGACAUCAGUGGCUUUGUUGACAUGACAAACAAGUUUCUCUUGUAAAGAAACUCGACCAUUCAUUUCUUCCCAAGUUGUCCCAACCAUAUUGAGGAAACACUUGUCCUCAAAAUAGGGACCAAUUUGAUCAUAUAUAGCUCGGCCAAUGUUUGUUUUACCAAUCCCUUCCAUCCCCCAUAUCCCUACUAGUAAAGGACAUUUGGAUUGUUUCAACAAUUGAAUCACAUCUUGCACUCCGGAUUUUACACUCGCUGAAGUAUGACUACAGCAAUUUUGCAGUCUUCAAUUACCUUAAGCGAUGAUUCUGAAGGUGUUGUUUCGUGAUAUGAACUUUGAAGCUUGGUAUGAUCCAAGAAAACAAAGAGAUCCUUUAACAAGUGUACAGAUAGCCCCGUGGAGUUUCAAAACAAAAGUAGACGGAUCUUUCACGCUGAAACUCAAAUUCUAGCCAUGACACUUGGUGCAGAUUCUAGAUAACUAAGACUUUCACUACUCAAGAAUCAUUUCAUCAUUCACUUUUCCUGAUUCAAAUACUAUUCACUUCAUUUCUCUUUGAAUUUUUCCUCUUCUUGUGCAGUUUCAAAUUCAUCUCUCUCACUACUACUAUAAUCCAAGGAGGAAGAAGAGCUACAGCGUCGUCCUUCUCGGUGGCGUGAUUGAAAAACUGCCGGAGAUCUGCUCGACGGUAAUGCGGUAGUUUUAAGGGUUUGUGUGUCAAUUCAAAAUAAUCAUAAACCCUAACUUUAUAUUUUAUGAUAUAAUAAUGGUUUUUCUUUAGUCGUGCGUUGCAGAAGCCCCAAAGUGUAAGUAAUAAUUCUAUCUAUAGUUUAUUCAGACGACUUUUGACUGUUGAGAAUUCAUCGAUUACAUAAACUAAGCAACCAUGACUUUUGCCUCAAUCAUUUCAUUUCAAUCCCUUUCUUAUUCUUCUCCUUGUGCAAUUUCUGAUUCACUCACCACUUUUCAUCAAAAAUCCAUCCAUGUCUUCCACCACUUCCUCCUCCGAAACCGAAUUCGAAUCCGAAAUCGAAAUCGAAAGCCCCAACGAAUAUGAGUUCGAUAACACAUUUUCUAAUAUUAUUAACCCAAAUACGAAGAGUUAUGAUGUGUACUUGAGUUUCUACUAUGAAGAUGCGGAUUUUCUUGCUAGCGAUAUCUAUGCCGCUAUUUCAGACGUUGAACUUGCGGUUUUCUGGGAUCCAGCGAGGGUUAAUAGUCAAGAUCAAGAAAUACUAACCUCAUAUCUGAAUGUAAUUGGAGAUUGCCAUGUUGUUGUAAUCAUAUUUUCAAAGAAUUAUACUAAUUCAAGAUGGUGUCUUCAAGAGUUGGAGAAAAUAACUCAAUGUUGCAGAACUAGAGAUGGUCCCAUUGUUCUUCCCGUGUUCUACCGGCCUCUUGUCACGGAGAAAAUUGAGUUUCGACAGACUUUUUAUGAUUUUGUGGAUAGAAUCUCUGCGGAAGAGGAAAUCUCUAAAGAGGAAGAUAAGUUCAUGACUUGGGUGGCAACUAUCAGUAGUAAAGCUACCACAUAUGCACAAGAAUCCGAUGAUUUUGAAUCUGGGAACAAUACUAUGUAUAUUAACGGUGUAGUUGAAUAUGUUGCUCAUAUGCUACGCACCUAUAAUAGCUUCUCUCAUGUUUUAUAUACGGCGAGCGCAAAAUCUCGUGCUCGAGAUGUGAUUCAAUUGCUGAAGCAAUCAAAACGUCCUCUACUAAUAGGGAUUUGGGGGAUGGCAGGGGUUGGUAAAAAAACCAUUGCCCAAGCUAUUUAUGAUCAGAUUGGUCCCUAUUUUGAACACAAGAGCUGUUUUGGCGUUAGUACUGCUUGGCGAUAUAGUAGUUCUCAACUUGCUUUGCAAAGGAAUCUUGCUUUAGAUAUGGGCGGAGUAUCUGAUGUAGUUAUACCUACAAUUGAAUCAGGAAAAGUGAUUUUAAAAGAAAGAUUUCAACAUAAAAGGGUGCUUAUUAUAAUUCACGGUGUUGAUAAAUUAGAGCAGCUAAAGGCUUUGUGCGGAAAUCGGGAUUGGUUUAGUCCUGGUAGCAAAAUAAUCAUCGCAACAACAAAUAGACAUAUACUCAAGGAGCAUGGAGUUGACCAUAUAUAUAGAGUGAAAGAACUGGAUGAAAGUGAAUCACUUGAGGUUUUUAAUCGGUAUGCAUUCAGACAAGCAACAUCUCCUCUAAGAGAAUUUGCUGAUCUCGAUAAAAAGGUAGAUCUUAAUACAUUCAGCCCUGCAGCUCCCCCAGAAGGUUUUGGUGAACUUGCUGAACAAUUAGUUGCUUAUUGCGGGGGAUUACCUCACGCUCUUAAAGAAAUUGGGAUCUCGUUGAUUGGACAGGAAAUACAUGAGUGGAAAGGUGUGUUGAGGAGUCUAGAAAGAUUUUCCAUUCCAUCUCGAAACCUGCUAUAUGAUCUAGAAAACUGUUUUAGUGAUUUGAGUGAUAAAGAGAAACAAAUAUUCCUUGAUAUAGCAUGUUUCUUUAACAGGGUGGACCAAAAUGAUGUGCUCCAAAUAUUGAAUAGGUCAACAAAGAGUGCAGCUCUUCAAAUAAGUCUCCUUGAAGACAAGAGCUUUGUAACUAUUGAUGAGAAUAACAACAAGCUUGAAAUCCAUGUUAUGCUACAAGUCAUGGCAAGAGAUAUCAUUAAGAAGGAAUCAAGUAAUAUGACUAAUCAGCCAAAGAUGUACGAUGUGUUCUUGAGUUUCAGAGGGGAGGACAGUCGUGCAAAAUUCAUGUCACAUCUCUAUUCCUCUCUUCAAAAUGCGGGUAUUUAUGCUUUCAGAGAUGAUGAUGAGAUUCAGCGAGGAGAUCAGAUCUCAAUGUCACUGUUGCGAGCAAUCGGACUGUCUAGAAUUUCUAUUAUUGUUUUGUCUACAAAUUAUGCUAAUUCAAGAUGGUGUAUGCUAGAGUUGGAAAGGAUCAUGGAAAUUAGAAGAACCUUGGGUCUGGUGGUUGUGCCAGUGUUCUAUGAGGUAGAUCCCGCAGAGGUACGUCGUCAAGAAGGUCAGUUUGGAAAAGCUUUUAAAGAACUUAUAUCAACAAUCCCAGUGGAUGUAUCCACAGAGAGUAAUUGGAGAAGAGAGCUCUUUGAUAUUGGUAGCAUAGCAGGGUUUGUACUCAUAAAUUCCAGGAAUGAAAGUGCAGAUAUCAAGAAUAUUGUUGAAUGUGUUACUCGUUUGCUAGACAGGAAAGAGUUAUUCGUUGCUGAACAUCCCGUGGGUGUAGAAUCUCGUGUGACAGCAGCAACUAAGCUACUAAAUAUCCAAAAAUCGGAAGAUGUUUUGAUUCUAGGGAUAUGGGGAAUGGGGGGUAUGGGUAAGACAACGAUUGCCAAAGCCAUUUAUAAUCAAAUUGGGAGCAUGUUUGAGGGAAGGAGCUUCCUUCUGAACAUAAGGGAAUUUUGGCAGACACAUACCAAUCAAGUUUCUCUACAACAAAAGGUACUUUCUGAUGUUUACAAGACAACGACAUUCAAAAUACAUAACAUUGAAUCAGGGAAAAAUAUAUUGAAGGAAAGACUUUCCCAAAAUACGGUACUUCUUGUGCUUGAUGAUGUGAGUGAAUUGGAUCAACUACGGGCUUUGUGUGGAAGCCACCAAUGGUUUGGUCCAGGGAGUAGAAUAAUCAUUACAACAAGAGAUUUGCAUCUUCUUAAAUCAUGUGGAGUGUAUUAUCGGGUGUAUAGAAUAGAAGAAAUGGGGGAAAGUGAAUCUCUUGAGCUUUUCAGUUGGCAUGCAUUCAACCAAUCAAGUCCGAUAGAAGAUUUUGCUACACAUUCAACAGAUGUAAUUGCUUAUGCUGGGGGUUUGCCACUAGCACUUCAAGUCCUUGGGUCCUAUUUGUCUGACUGUGAAAUAACAGUGUGGCAGAAAGUUUUGGAUAAACUCAAAUGUAUUCCCCAUGAUGAAGUACAAAAAAAGCUAAAAGUAAGUUUUGAUGGUUUAAAAGAUAUUACAGAGAAACAAAUAUUCCUUGAUAUAGCUUGUUUCUUUAUUGGGAUGGAUCGAAGUGAUGUAAUACAAAUAUUAAAUGGGUGUGGAUUGUUUGCUGAUAUUGGAAUUAAAGUCCUUGAAGAGCGAAGUCUUGUAACUCUCGACAAUAAAAAUAAGCUUAGAAUGCAUGAUUUAUUGAGAGACAUGGGAAGACAAAUAAUUUAUGAAGAGUCACCAUUUGAUCCUGAGGACCGCAGUAGGCUGUGGCGCUGUGACGAAGUGGUUGAUAUAUUAUCAAAUGAUAAGGGAACACGAGCUAUCAAGGGUCUGGCUUUGGAGUUUCCAAAAAAAACACUUAGUCUGAAUACCAUGGCAUUUGAGAAGAUGAAUAAAUUGAGAUUGCUUAAACUUGCUGGGGUGCGGCUUAAAGGAGAUUAUAAAAAUUUUACAACAGAUCUUAGAUGGCUGUACUGGCAUGGAUUUUCAGAAACCUGCGCUCCUGCAAAAUUUCAGCAAGGAAGUCUAGUUGCCGUCAUAUUAAAAUAUAGUAACCUUAAACAAAUAUGGAAUAAGAGCAAGGUGCUAGAGAAUCUAAAAAUUCUUAAUCUUAGCCAUUCUCGGGAUUUGACCAAAACCCCGGAGUUUUCAUUCUUGCCUAAUCUUGAAAAGUUGAUACUCAAAGACUGUCCAAGUUUGUCUAAGGUCUCCCAUAGCAUUGGGUCUCUCCAUAAACUUCUUUUGAUAAAUUUGACAGACUGCACAGGUCUUCGGAAACUUCCGAGAAACAUCUAUAAAUUAAAAUCUCUAGAAACUUUGAUUCUUUCAGGAUGUUCCAUGAUUGAUAAAUUGGAGGAGGACUUGGAACAAAUGGAAUCGUUGACAACGUUGGUUGCGGAUAAGACUGCUAUAACAAAAGUUCCCUUUUCAAUUGUAAAAUCAAAAAGGAUUGGAUAUAUUUCCCUGUGUGGCUUUAAAGGAUUUUCACGGGAUGUAUUUCCUUCUAUCAUUUGGUCUUGGAUGUCACCAUCAAAUAAUGUGAUAUCCCGAGUUAAGACAUCGCUGUUCAUCUCAUCUCUUGGUACUUCCAAGGAUCUUCUAAAGCUUCGAGUUCUUUGUGUGGAAUGUGGCUCACAACUACAACUGAAUCAAUAUGUAGCAAAAUUUUUGGAUGUAUUAAAAGCCACAAAUUGUUAUAAAAAGGAAGUCAGUGCAAUUGCAACUGCGUCACAGAUCUCUGAUAUACAUGCUACUCCUUUAAUUGAUGAUAGCAUUGGUCAUGUUCACAUUUCAAGGUCCAAGAAUUACUUGAAAUCUCUCUUAAUUCAAAUGGGAACAAAAUGCCCAGUUUCAACAAUGACAAAAGAGAGCAUUUUUCAGCCUGCAGAUGGGACUUGGGGUUCGUUUCUGCUCCCCUCAGACAAUAAAUCUAAUUGGUUUACCUUCAGUUGCAAAAGUUGUUCUGUAUCAUUUGAUGUUCCAAUGAAGGGGAGUUUCCUGAAGAGUAUGACGCUGUUCGUAGUUUACUCUUCCCCGGACAAGAUAACAUCAGAAGGUUGCCAAGGUGUGUUGAUCAUAAACUAUACAAAGGCAACCAUUCAGACCUAUAAAAGUGAUACACUAACCUCUUUUGGCAAUGAGGAUUGGCAGACCAUAACAUCAAAUCUAGAACCUGGUAACAAAGUAGAGGUUAUGGUUGUCUUUGGGGAGGGAUUCAUUGUAGAGAAAACAACGAUAUCUCUCUUAUAUGAUGAACUAAUCAACACAAAAAUGGAACUCUGCGAUGCAGUAGACGAGGAGGAUGUUAUUGUUUCUGAAAGUGAUAAUGUUGAUGUGCCAGUUGACAACAGUGUUACUGGUCCAGCUCAAGAUGAAAAUACAAGUGAAGAUAAACACGAAUGCAUAAUGUAUAGAAAGAGAAAGAGGGGAGACAUGAAAACACUGUAAUGGGAAACACUACCAUGCUUGAUCCUCACAGUUAAAAGAGUAGUAUACAAGUAAGAGGCCGAAUCCAUAUACUAGAGAGUAGUAAUGUCCAACUUGUUACUGUUGUGUUUUGAGCGUCUAUGAGAUACUUCUAAAGCUAAAAUUCUCAUAUAAGAUGUUGAGUCAUAGCCCUAGUGUAAUUAAUAGAAAAUUUUGUUGCAAAAAUCUUUUCCAAUGGAGGCUGAACUCGAUCGGUAUUAA